UAUGGACACGGGGGUGGCCAUGGUGGAGCCAUGUUUGAUGACGGAACCUACACCGGUGUAAGGCAAAUUGUUUUGUCGCGCAAUGUUGGGAUCGUAUCGCUGAAGGUCUGCUAUGAUCGUGAGGGACAAUCGUUGUGGGGAAGCAAUGGAGGGAUAGGAGGAUUUAAAAAAGAAAGGGUGAAUUUUGACACACAUCACGAGAACCUUCGGGCCUUUAAUGUACAUGGGACCCGAUGUGAUAAAGUCACUAACAUUCUACACCAACAAAGAGAACAUGGGCCGUAUGGAGAUGAACAAUGGCCUUCUUUCACUAACAAAAUGAAUGAAGGCAAGAUUGUUGGAUUCAUUGGCAGGCAAGGUCUCUUUCUGGAUGCUGUUGGGGUACAUGUAAUGGAAUUGAAAGUACCACAUCGAAAACCACCUUUUCCCCCACCAAUCAUCUAA